GGGUCGCUUCACAGGCGGUGAAGCAGGUCUGCAGGUGUCUAUCUUUCUCUCCCCCUCUCUGUCUUCCCCUCCUCUCUCCAUUUCUCUCUGUCCUAUCCAACAACGACGACAUCAAUAACAACAACAAUAAACAAGGGCAACAAAAGGGAAUAAACAUAAAGAAAAGGAAAAAAAGGACAGACUGGGAAGGGAAGUCAUAACUGGAACUGCAGGUUCCAUGGCCACAGACGUUCAUAAGGAACCUACACAGGGUAUUGUGACUUUUGAGGAUGUGGCCAUAUACUUCUCCUGGGAGGAAUGGGGUCUCCUUGAUGAGGCUCAGAAACGUCUAUACUGCGAUGUGAUGCUGGAGAAUUUUGCUCUGCUGGCCUCUGUAGGUUAUUGGCAUGAGGUGGAUGAAGAGGAGGCAUCUUCUGGACAGAAUAUUCCUGUAGAAGAUAUGUCACAGGUUUGGAAGACUCUCAAGUAUUUGGUCAGAACCUUCACAUGGGAAGAGUGGGACCACCUGAGCCUGGACCAGAAGACUAUUUAUCGGGAAGUAAUGCUGGAGACCUUUGCAUCCCUGGCCUCCCUGGGGCAUCCUGUUACCAAGUCAGAACUGAUCUGCCUGCUGGAGAGCAAGUACAGUCUUUGUCUGGAGAAGAGAGGCCUCUCCUAAUACUUCUCUCCAGGAGGUUUUGUGGCUCUUGAUUUGAAGAUCUGUUUUGAUGUUCACAACCUCAGGUGUGUGGAAGAAAAGGGGUCCAUCUACUGGAUGCGGAAAUUUCCUGGAUGUGGAAGGCCACCUUGAGUAUGAAAUUCUUAGCUGUUCCUGUGUUUUCUUGUGACCAGACUCAUUCUCUGUCUGAACUCUAUGACUGCAGUUCCAAAUUCUUCUUCUAGCCCAGUCACAGAAGUCUGUUGCUGUUGAUGGUUUAGUUUGCCUUGGAGAUAGUCCUACCUGAAUUUCCAGUGAUAUGGGGAGUGUCUUCCAUACCAUGCCGCUUCUCCCUCUGUCAAGUCAGAGCUAAUGGGCAGGUUUUUGUAGCCUAAGCUUUUGGCAGCUUCAGAGCACUGACAGCACUGGUGAAGGGAACUUCACUUGUACACUAUUUCUAAAGUCACUGGGAUUUUUGUCUCAUUACAGCUCCCUGCCAUAAGCCAGUACUUGGAUCCUCUUUAUCUGUGAAGGAGCUUGCUACACUCUGGAAGCUAACCUACUCAAAUGAGUACUUUGCCUUCUUAGAUUGCAGCAGCCUACACACCACAGUCCCCUCUGUCCCACAAGCUAUGGUGCAGGUUUUGUGGCCUGGUAGCUGAGGUGGCUUCACUGUGUAGAUGUAAGGUGAGAGGGCUCCACCUGCCACACUAUGUCUGCUACAAUUCUGGGGUUCAGAAUCUAGUCACAGCACCCAGUUCUUACUGGUCUUACCUACCUUAUGGCAGAAGCUGAUGGGUUCUGGAGGAGUGAGUGCCCCCAAAGUCCUGUUUGGUCUGCAACUCCCACCACUGUAGCUACACAGUCUUUACUUUUCCUGAACAGUAGCUGGAGAUUCAGCCCCUUCUUCCUGUUCCAUCAACACCAUUAGCUUUUGGGCACUCAGCUUCUAAACCAUAGGUGGUUGUAUUGACUAAUUAU